AGGCUGGUUUUGCAGAAAAUUCCCGAGAGACUAGCGGUCUUCUCCAUCGGCCAAAGACAAGCCGUAUCAUAACUAUGGCUCGUGCAUCGGCGAAGUCUCCACCCAGGUGUGUAGUGGAGAAUAAAGUUCUUCAGAGUUCUCAGCUAUCUUGUGUACAUGAAUCAGAUCUCCAGAAGACUGUUUACCCUGCGAGGUUAAACUCGAUGGAUAUGCUACCUAGCUCUUCGUUGACAGGUCUUGGUAAAGUACCAUCCGCAACAGAUUUGUUUAUGCGAGGACGCCUUGCUAAGCUGGAGCUAAGUGAUGCAAAACUGGUGGAAGAACUGAAGACUGCUCUUGUUCCAAAGCGAUCUGAAGCUGAGAGAGCUUGUCCUGAGAGUUUAAACAGUUUUUUCUUUUCCAUUUGCCGAGGGCUCUCCUGCAGUAUCUAAGCUUGUCAGAAACUGAAGAUAAAUAGGACGGAUAGGUAUUUGACCAAGCAGUAGAUAUAGUUUCUUUCACAAGAUGUUUAUUUAAAAACCUUUUAUCAAAUCUGAAAUUGCCUCUGUAAACCUCAGUGGAAGACCUUUUCUCUUAUGCACUACAACUUUCUGAAGACCUUUAUCCUGUUCAACCUUUUUCAAAGAAGAGGAAAUAGGUGUACCUUGAAGUUUCUUCCUUGGUUUGUAGGUCUUUUUUCGAAAAUAAGCCUUGCUUGUAGCA